AAGUCGCGGAUCGGACGGCGUUUUCGAAGCCCGAGUCAUUAUCCGAAGCGACUCUGCGAAUCCGCAAGAAUUACACCUAUUUUCGCGUCAAUUAUCUCGCGGUGAUUGCUCUCAUCCUCGGAUUUUCGCUCGUUUCUCAUCCGUUUUCUCUAAUCCUUCUUGCCGGCCUUUUGUCGUCCUGGCUCUUCCUCUACCUCUUCCGUCCGUCGGAUCAGCCGCUGGUUCUCUUUGGCCGUACAUUCAAGGACAGCGAAACCCUAAUCCUCUUGGUUUGUCUCAGCGUCUUCGUCGUUUUCCUCACCAGCGUUGGAUCGGUCCUCGUCUCGGCUCUCAUGGUUGGCGUGGCUCUGGUAUGUGCCCACGGCGCGUUUAGGGUUCCUGAAGAUCUCUUCCUUGACGAACAAGAAACUGUAUCCACCGGAUUCCUCUCAUUCUUCAGCAGCGCGGCUUCCAACGCCGCCGCUGUCGGCGUGCCUGUGACUGCUCGCACGUGAUUUGAGUAGUCGAGGGGAUGGAAGCGCCUUCGGUCCCGGUAUCAGUAAAGGCAUUAAAUCUUGAAAAUUGGCGUAGACCAAAUAAGUUGCAGUUAUUUUUUUUUUCUUCUUUCUCUGUGCAAAAUUUCAGUUUAACGAUCCGUUCUUUACCGUAAGAUAGAAUAUGAUACUUCAAACGAUGUCUAUGAAUUCAAAAAUUUUCCUCUUUUCUUUUAUAAUGGAUCUUGUUACAUUUUGUAAUUUGAAUUUUGUUAUAACAAAUUGUGGGAUUUUAUUCUCCUA